AUGGUCCCAACCGAUUACGAAUGGAGCAAAAUCGCUACUUCCAAAGUAAACUUAUUUGUGCUACGGGCUGUGGAGGAGAGGAUACCGACGAUGGUAUCAUUAAGAAAAAGGGGUGUACAGCUUGGAUCGGAUCUGUGCAAGGUGUGUGGUAUAGAGCCGGAAACGGCCGAUCACAUUGGUAUCCAUUGUCCAGCUGCGAAAGAAGUGUGGUUGCAGAUAUGGCUAUGGAUUAAAAUACCUCUUCGGGAUCACCGAGAAAAGAUAACAACAAGACUUUCCGAAAAAGCAGAAUGGCCCAAGAAAAAGAUGAAAAUAAUAUACGCGAUACAUCUGGCAACUGUUUGGCAGCUCUGGAAAAACAGGAACAAUAAAAUUUAUAACAAUAAGUUUACGGACCCAUUCAAGAUUGUGGAAGAAAUCAAAGAAGAGACGUAUGACUGGGUAAGAACUAGGGCAAAGCUCUCGGAGAUAACAUGGAGUGAUUGGAAGAACUUCAUCUUUAUGGAGUAA